AUGAGUAUGGAAAAACUCCGGAAGCAGCGAAGUUUGCUGAAGGGAAAAAUGACUACCAUCAGAAACUUCAUCAUCAAGGCCACGACUGAGACAGCGCCCGAGGAGGUCACAGCACGUCUUCAGGCUGUGGAAGAAAUAUACACAAGAUUCCAGGGAAUAUCAGAGCAAAUCCUGACCAUUGACGAGGCCGAUCCUGCUGAUCAGGCCGAAGACAAUGAAUUCGAUGAACGAUAUUACAGCACUAAAGCAGCCUUAGCACAAUUAUUGGACAAGCUCAAGCCACGGUCGGGGGAACCGUCGGUCAGCGGCACACGCGGUUCAGCAGGCGAUACAAAAAUAAUGCAAAUCUUGGAACAACAAGCAAAUCUAAUACAAAAAUUAGCUGAGCGUAAUGACAAUGAAACGCUGGCGCGCACACUGGAGCAUCAAGGUCAAUUGCUGGAAAGAGUGAACACGCAGUCAAGCACGUCCGUACGAGAAGCUCAUGUAAAAUUACCAACAAUGAAAUUACCAACAUUCGAUGGAAAUAUAGAGGAGUGGAAGAGAUACUCCGACACAUUCAAGACACUGAUUCAUGACAGCGAGUUAUCCGACGUGCAGAAACAUCAAUAUCUUGUCGGAUCAUUGAGCGGUUCAGCGGCUAAGAUUAUUGAGUUCAUCGAAAUCUCUGGAGACAAUUAUUUCAUUGACUGGGAAUUAUUAAGGGAACGAUACGACGACAAAAAGGGUAUCAAGAAACGACACAUGCAAUGCUUACUAAACGAGCUACCUAAAAUAAGGCAAGAAUCGGCGGACACGAUACAGGAAUUGGUGGAUCACGUGCAAAAACAUUUGCGAGUAUUGCAAGCAAUGAAGCUUCCCACAGACCAAUGGGGAGAUAUAAUAAUUUUUCUCAUCGAGAAGAACUUGGACAGCACGACUAGAAGACGCUGGGAAGAACAUAUUGAGGAUAAGGAAAACAUAACGACAAGUACAAUGAUGGAAUUUCUUCGGCGGCAUAGCCAGCUGUUGCGACGGGCGGCUGAUGAUAGCGAGACUGGCACGUCAAGAAACAGUGUCGGCAAGGACAAUUCAGACAAACAGCGAACAACAAGCACGAAGGUACGAAACAAUGCGGCACUGGCAACAACAACGCGGGAAGGAAGAUGUUAUCUUUGUCAAGGACAGCAUCUCAUUUACGGUUGUGCGGGUUUCUUGAAUUUGUCUGUCGAGGAUCGAAUCAAGGAAAUCAAGCGGUUGCGACUUUGUCUGAAUUGCCUGCGACCGGAUCAUUUCUCUAGACAUUGCAGGUCCAGUUCCUGUAGGGAAUGCGGCGAGCGGCACAAUACGCUAUGUCACAUAAAGAGACGACCACUCGGUUCAUCGGCGGAGUUGACGAGGAGUUCAUCAGAGGAUUCGAGCGAGGCAUCCGUUGGUGCCACGCUUUGCUCGAUGGCGAGUACCGAGGGCAGGUUGAGGACGAUCGACCUUAGAUCAUCUGAAGGUGCAUACCAUCAGCGUGUUAAGGACCAGCGUAAGCGUAUCUUAAUGGCAACGGCCAUCGUGAAUGUUGCAACGGCGAGCGGCGAUCUUAAAUUGCGAUUGUUAGACCACGGGAGAAUUGAGCUCGGUAACGGUUUGCCGAUUUUGCAGAGCACAAAGUUCGGAUGGAUUAUCGCGGGCUCAGUACCAUCACAUUUGAUCGUCAGUCGUGCGACCGAUCGUCCGUUGCCGAGCAAUCAAGGGUGUUUAUUAAUUCAGCAGGAAUCGAUCGAGGAUACGAUAAAAAGAUUUUGGGAAUUGGAAGAAUACCGCGAUAACAAGAAGCGAUUAUCUAGGGAAGAAGAAAGCUGUGAAAAUCAUUUCAUAAACACAACAAGUCGAGACGCGUUGUCCGGACGGUUUGUCGUGCGACUGCCCUUUCGUGAAAACAAGCGUCUGUUGGGUCGAUCGAGAGACAUCGCAGUGAAACGAUUAGAGUAUUUAGAACGUAAAUUUCAGAGAAAUCCAGAAUUUCGCGAUCGAUAUGCCGAGUUUAUGCGCGAAUACGUUAACUUAAAUCACAUGUCUAUUUGUGAAACCGACAAUGCUUCGAACGCAGUAUAUUUACCGCAUCACGGCGUGGUGCGCGAGUCAAGUCUAACAACAAAACUACGAGUGGUAUUCGACGCAUCCGCAAAAACCACUUCCGGUAUUUCGCUAAAUGACACAUUAAUGGUAGGAGCAACCUUACAGGAUAGCAUAAUUGACAUUGUUAUGCGUUUUCGUCUGCCGGCCGUCGCAAUUACCGCAGAUUUACAAAAAAUGUAUCGGCAAAUAUUGUUACAUUCAAAUGAUCGCGACUAUCAAAGAAUUUUAUGGCGUUUUUCUCCGAGCGACCCGAUAGGCGAAUACAGACUAAAUACAGUUACCUAUGGUCAGGCAUGCGCGCCAUUCUUGGCUGUUCGUUGCGUGCAGCAGUUAGCGAGGGACGAAGGUGCUCAAUUCAGCAAUGCAUCAGGAGUAUUAUUGAAUGAUCUAUACAUUGAUGAUAUCAUAACGGGAGUCGAUUGCGAAAAUCAAGCGGUAGAGCUAGUUGCACAGCUUGAGGCAUUGCUGAAUAAGGGAGGAUUUAGGCCUCACAAAUGGCGUACAAAUAGCGAAAAAUUACUACGAGACUUGCGAGCGAACAAUCGAGCGGAGGAGUCGUCAGCGCUAGCGAUCGAGUCGGGCACUAUAAAGACGUUAGGAUUAAAUUGGUGUCCGAAGGCGGACAUGUUUCAAUUUUCAAUGGAUUUUGUGAAGAGUCCCGUUUCAACUAAGCGUGAGGUUCUCUCAACGAUUUCAAGAUUGUUUGAUCCGCUUGGGAUGGUCGGUCCUAUAUUGACUCGAGCAAAACUAAUUAUGCAGGAAACGUGGGUGUCGGAUUUGGACUGGGACGAACCAUUGACAGACAAUCUUCGUAAGGCAUGGGAUGCGUAUGUGGAGGAUGUGCGUGGGGUCGGUUCGAUCCGCGUACCGCGCAGAGUCAUUCAAUGCCCCAAUGCGAUGCGCUUCUGUUUACAUGCAUUUUGCGACGCGUCAAUGAAAGCUUAUGGAGCUUGCAUUUACUUGCAGUCGAGCGAUGGCAACGGUGGAUCGAGUUCCCUUUUGUUAUGUUCAAAAUCGCGUGUGGCACCGGUCAAAAGUAAGACCAUUACAUUACCGAGGCUCGAAUUGUGUGGCGCUGUUGUCCUGGUUAGAUUGCUUCAGGGCGUGAAACGAGCCAUCAAGAUCAAGCUCGACGAAGUGCAUGCAUGGAGCGACUCUACGAUAGCUCUUGCGUGGAUCGCCGGCGAUCCGUCGCGUCAAAAAACAUUCGUUUCCAAUCGAACAGCCGAAAUACAGUCGGUUCUUCGGCCCGAGUAUUGGCAUCACGUCGACGGAGGUGAAAAUCCCGCGGAUCUAAUUUCAAGAGGUACUGACUUGACGACUUUAAGACAGAGUAAAAUUUGGUGGGAGGGCCCGAAUUGGCUGUCGCGUUUUGCGGAUUGUAAACGGCGAGAAGCACAGUCGCUAAGUCUUACCAAUGAGGAUGAAGAAUUUAUCCAGUCGGAACAGAAGUUGGUUAAUCGAGUUUUCGUGAGCACCGGCGAUGAAACUUCCGUCAUGGAUUCCUUGCUAAGAGGUCACUCUUCCUUAUCUAAGGUCGAACGAGUCUUGGCAUGGAUAGUUAGAUUCGGACGCAACGCGCGAUUGAAGCAUGAUAAACGUAAGUUUGGACACAUCUCCACAGCCGAGAUUCGUGACGCGCACCUGUUGUUAAUUAUAGCAAUACAAAAAACUCAUUUUGCCGACGCGACGGCUAAAUUAGUAGCGAGAAAGCCAAUUACAACUAGUAGCAAUUUACUAUCGCUUAGUCCCUUUGUGGAUGAAAGGGGAGUCCUCAGGGUGGGCGGUAGGAUUCAGAAUUCACAGUUACCAUUUGAAACUAAACAUCCAAUUGUUUUACCGUCGAAUAAUAAAUUUACGCAAAUGUUAUUUGAGAGAGAACACCGAAGAUUGAUGCAUAUAGGUCCACAAGCAUUGUUAUAUUCGAUUCGAGAGAAGUAUUGGCCACUCAAGGGAAAAAACAUCGCAAGGGGGAUUGUACAUAAUUGCAUAACUUGCUCCCGCAAUAAACCAAGGCUGUUAUCGCAAGUUAUGGGACAAUUGCCCGCGGACCGAGUAACGCCAAAACGACCGUUUUUUGUAAUCGGAGUAGAUUUUGCCGGGCCUAUUACAACGCUACUCAAUCGCGGCCGUGGAAGAAAAACGAACAAAUCUUAUAUCUCACUAUUUGUAUGCUUUACAACCAAAGCAAUACAUCUCGAGGCGGUCAGCGAUCUUAGUUCGGCGUCCUUUGUAGCCGCUUUGAGACGUUUUGCCGGACGUCGGGGUUACCCUCAGCGGAUCUAUUGUGAUAACGCAACAAAUUUCGUCGGGGCGAAAGGCGAGCUUACCGAGAUGUAUCAGUUAGUCGAAAAGGAAAAUCGUGAAAUAAUGGAUGAAUUUUGCAUUCCGAAUAAUGUGGAUUGGAAUUUUAUUCCUCCGUCAUCUCCUCACAUGGGAGGACUAUGGGAGGCCGGCGUGAAGUCGUGCAAAUUUCACUUAAAGCGUGUCAUCGGAGAAAGUUUAUUAACGUUCGAGGAGUUAAGUACAGCAUUAACACAGGUUGAGGCAUGUUUGAAUUCGCGUCCGAUUUGCCGGAUGCCAUCGACAGCCGCGGAUCUUCAACCUCUUACACCAGGACAUUUUUUGAUAGGUGGUCCGCUGGUUGCUCUUCCGGACAUCGACGUGACCGAUGUGCCAAUUAACCGACUCGAUCGCUGGCAGGCGGUUCAGAGAAUUGCGCAAGAUUUUUGGAAACGGUGGAGUAGAGAGUAUUUAACCUCUCUGCAGGGUAAGACUAAAUGGACUAGCGAGCGAAAUAAUUUGUUAAUCAAUGAUAUUGUUAUGAUUCAAGAUAACAACGCGCCACCAUUAAGAUGGAAAUUAGGAAGGGUUAUAGAAACCCAUAAGGGAACUGACAAUAAAGUGCGUGUCGUAACUCUGAAAACAGCAAAUGGAACCUGUAAGCGAUCCAUCAACAAAUUGUGUAAACUUCCUGUAUCCGACGCGGCAAUGCAUCCAUGCCUAUCAUAA